AUGCCGGGUUCAGACGAUAGAGCGACUACUGUCAACAAGUUCGGCCAGCCAGUCGGGUUUGCGCUGUCGGAUUGGAGCCCUCCUCCGUUCCCACCGCAGAAGACGUUGAUGGGACGUUACUGUCAUCUUGAACCAUUGAUCGCCGAUUGCCACGCCCAAGAGCUAUGGGCUCGAGUUGAGAAGUGGUGUCUGGAUGGUGAACAUGCUCGUGACCCGCAAUUCUAUGCUAUCAUGGUGGACGGGCAUGCCGUAGGUGUGACCGCGUACUUGCGCAUCGUGCCAAAUCACGGAGCCAUUGAGAUCGGCCAUGUCUACUACUCAUCACUGUUGGCCAAGACUCGUGCUGCCACAGAAGCGAUGUAUCUGCUUGCGGACAACGCUUUUAAGCUCGGCUACCGACGCUACGAGUGGAAGUGCGAUAGCCUCAACCAGCCGUCACGCAACGCUGCCGCACGACUUGGCUUUACGUACGAAGGCACAUUCCGCCAACUCGUCGGGGCUAAAGAAGGCCUUUGA